AUGACCUCGCUGCGAGAAGUCUCAAAGGGCUGGGAGCCUGAACCGGUGCCCUGGUCGGCGCUUGGCCCGGUGGACGAGUCCUCAAGCGUGCUCCGACAACACAAGCUAUAUACCGAGCAUCAGCGACACCUGGAGCGGCGUGCGCGUUGGGCCUAUGCGCUCCACCUCUUGGUUGGCAAUGCUGUGUUCUACAUUAUCAACUCGCUCUUCCUGGGGCCCCUCGUCGUCUUUCUGGACCGGCCCAUGCCCGAAAAAAAAACCAUUGCUGCUGACAUGAGUCUGCGCCCGAUCCCGCCCCUGUCGCCUACCAUGAUGUUCAUUACCAUAGUUGCACUCAUGGCAGCCAUCGUGCUGGCCACGGCCUGGGACGUGGUAGUCAAUGACAAGAGCGUGGUUCUGUGGACCAUGGCCGCUGUAUCCGGCAGCCUGGGCUGCUUUGGCAACCUCAUGAGCUGGGCCUGGGCGGCACCCCGCGGCCCUCUCAUGAUGUCUGCCCUUUCUGCGGGCAUGGGCGCUGGCGCCCUCAUCCCCUCCCUCAUUUCUCUCGUCAUGAACCCCGGUGGCCACCAUCCCACGUUUGGGGUCGAGGCCUUUUAUCUCAUCGCCGCGGUCCUCAUAGCGUGCUCUGUCGUUGCUGUCUGGUUCCUCGACUAUUCACACUUUUUUGCCCCCUUUUGGCAAGCCCUACCAGCUUCGACAGCAUCAAAGCAGGCUUUGCCCUCGUCUCUCUCCAUCAAUGAGGAUGAGGAAGCCCGCACGCCCUUGCUGCCACCGGAAGACGAGGGGGAUGGUGAUCUCGCUGCUCAGCUCAGCGGAGUCCCCACUCGUGGCCGCCUCAUUUGGCGCAUGCUGACCAUAUGCUGGGGUGCCAGCCUCAUCUUUGGCUGGCAGCCAGGCCUGGUUCCCUAUCUUGUACCCAAUGGCCACCCUCUCAUUGCCUUUCAAGUUGCUGGCCAGAUGUAUCUGGGCGCGCUACAGUCGGGUCUCUUUGCAGCCAUGCUCGUUCUUGCCCUUGUCUGUAACCAACAUCAAGCCUGGUUCACGGUUGUCAUGACCCUGCUCAACACGUGCUUUGCGUGGUGCUACGGUGUCCUGUCGACCCGCAUCAUGAUCACGGCAGCCCAUUUUGUGGGGGUGGUUUAUCCCGCUACUUCGCCCGAGCAACGGCCUGCCGAUGCAGACGAUCGAGUGAUCCAGCUGAUGGGCGCAGCCCUGAGUCUGGGAAGCGGCAUUGGCGGUGUCGGCAGUUACUUUCUCGUCAACAAGUGGCUGGAUCAAUAUCUUCAUGAAGCAUAA